AGUAUCUUGACACAGAUGGGAGGAUUCAUAGAAGCUGAAACGGCGCGUCCUGACUGUAAGUACAUGCCGCAACUAAAUAAAGACGAGAGUGUGAAGGUGAAGUUUUAAGAGAUGCAGGUAGGUACCUACCUAUUUACCUGCAGGAGACGCGGACGCGUUGGGGUUCUCUUGAAUCGCGACACCCCACUUUACCAGAAGGUACGAGGGUACCUCUACAAGCUCCAAGCUCAGCUCCCUUUCCAUUCUCCAGCGCUCCUAUCCUCUACGGCACACGCUGUUAUGGGGGUUUACCGUUCUACCUUGCUUCCUGGCCAUCAAUUACAACAUUAUUAACCAAGUAUUGAGCUAUCUUGGUUCCAAUGCCGCCCAAGAAGAAAGGCCGCAGCAGCACCGUCGCGACCCCGUCUGGAACGGCGACACUGGGGCGCGAUGAGGAUGCCAUGGAUGUCGACACUCCAGCGGCUUCGGAGACUCCGACGGCCGCAAAUGCGCCGAAACCACCUCCCGUCGACCUGAACAGCCCAUGGACGGACGAUCAGGAAGCUUCGCUGUUCAAGGCCGUCAUCAGAUGGAAACCUGCUGGCAUGCACAAGCACUUCCGCAUGAUCGCCAUCAGCGAGCACUUGCGCAACCACGGGUUCGAUCCGGACUUUCUCACACACACACGCAUCCCGGGAAUCUGGGCUAAACUGCGGACCUACUACAACAUGGAGGCCAUCGACGAGCGUGAAAACAACAUCGACUACCUCGAAGACGAGCAUUUCGACCGCCGCUUCCUCGAUUUCGAGCUUCCGUGGGCCGACUUCGGUGACGAUAUGAUGGGGCGUGCCAAGGCUGACCCCAGCGAGGUGCCGACGAGCCCGGCGCAGUGGGACCCCGACGAGGAGCGGCAGGGCGGCAAGAAGCGGAAGCGGGGGGCGGACACGAUGGCAAGCUCGUCGUCAGCAGGGCCGAAAGCUAGGAGUAGUACGGUUGAGGAUACCGAGGGCGAGACCCCGGGUGAAUCACCAGCACCGAGGACGGCAAGGGGCGCGAGGAGCUCCAAGCGCACUGCUAGCAAGGCGCGGAAGACGAAAGAGGACUCGACCGAGGCCGAGACGUCAGGGGUGGAGGAGGAGGAGGAGGAGGAGGAGGGGGAGGAGGAGGAGAAUGGGGAGGAGGGGAAGGAGAAGGAGAAGGAAGAGGACUCUGACUCCGGAGAUGCGGACGAGGAGAGCGAAGAGCAAGAGACCAGUACACCGGCUUCGAAACCAACAAGAGGAGGCGGCAGGGGUCGUGGGAGAGGUCGGGGCCAAAUCGAUCAUAACUUCAAUAAAGCGCAUCGCAUCGUGACCAGCAGCAUACUUCCGCUUGUCGAGCAGUAUGGCGAGCACUCACGAUCCGUAUGGGAGGCGUCCAAGUUCUGGAAGCAAUUCUUCGAAGCCUCCGCCAACGUCUCCCUGUCCGGUUACGAGGAGCUAGCCAAUGAUGGAGACACCACGGCCGCGACCGCCGAGGACGCGACCAUCCGCGAUGACACCACAGGGGACUACGCGCCCCACUGCCCGCGGAGCCACGGCAACGACACCACCGCGACCGCCGACCAGUCGAGCCCCUACCAGCAUCAGCGCGGCGCCGAGGACUCGAUCCUCUCCGACGGCGACGGCACUCUUACGGGGAGCACGCCGCGCCCGCCGGCGACCAAGUCGCUGUCCGUGAAGCCGCAGUUUGCGGAUCUGGGGUCGCCCUACGAGGCGUUGAAGCGAGAGCUGCGGAACGAGAUGGCGUCAGGUGGCGGUGGUGGUGGUGCUGCUGCCAGCGGGCCCGCGGGUGCAGACGACGAAUCGGAUACCGAGAUCCUCUUCCAGCAGCACACGGCACGCCUGCCGGACAUGUCGAUGACGCCGCGGUCGUCGAUGGCGGCCGGCGGCGGGCAUGAUCUCGGCUACGACGACACCGACCAGUUCGGCCCGAGGGCGAACAAGGACCCACUGCUUCACCGGGUCCUGGACAAGAACUACCGGCUGAUGGCCACGCCACACAAGGGAGCCGGCGGCACCGGCGUGUCGCCCAUCAGAUGGAAGGUCACGGAGAAGAAGGACGACGCGCAAAGCAAGGGCAAAGAGAAGGCCCAGCUUCCGAGCUGGCACGACUCGCCCAUGUCGUCGCCCGAGAUGGAGGUGCCGAAGCUCAGAAGCGCGGCGUUCAUGUCGCCGGUCCGGGCUGCGUACAAGACUAAGAUGGCGGCCGCGCCGAGGACGCCGGGUGUGAGCGUCCAGACCCCCGCGGCCGGCAGGAAGACCCGCGAUGUGUACCAGGAGACGCCGGGCGCGGAGAAGGAGACGGACGAGAUCACGUGGGAGAGCGACAGCGACGACGACAUAUACGGGGGGAUGAGCCCGCCGAAGACGAUCAACUUUGCAUUGGCACCAUCGAAGCUGCUACAGACGCCUGCUCGAGAGGCAAGCAAACGCAUCGUCGAAGAUAUUCUCCUUACUGCUGGAGCGGGACCAGACGACUCGGAAGAAUACAGCCCAACAGUGGUCAAGAUGAACGCCAAUGAUUUGGAUGAUACGUUUUAA